AUGAACAGUGGAAUUCUCUUUUUGUCUCUCCUUGGCUUCCUCCCACUUGUGAUACCAACAUGCCCUGUGCCGUGCAAGUGUGCCACCAACAUUAUUGACUGCACGUCAAAAGGCCUAACUGUGGCAAAACUGCCAGUUGCUUUCCGCCCUUCAGCUGAAAUUAUCCACCUUGGUUACAACAAGCUCACCUUUAUUCCUAGUGGGCUCUUUGACAACCUAAAGAACCUCCAGGUAGUCUACUUGCAAGGCAACCCUUGGGAAUGCAACUGUGACAUCCUCUACUUGCGCUCCUGGCUCCAGUGGCAGCAGAAUCGGACCUUAUACAGGGAUGUGAGAUGUACCUCCCCAGCUCACCUGCAGGAUCGGGUCAUUGCCUAUCUGACAGAAGAUGAGAUCAUCUCCACAUGCCAGUACUGGUACUGCAACCUGGCUCUCCUCUCUCAGCUCUGUCUCUUCAUCCUCCUUUUCCUCCAGGGUAUCUUGGUUGUCUUCAUCAUUGUCUACCUGCAGAAAUUUCGGAGAAUGACCGCUGAAGCCCGGAGCACCACACAAGAUCUGCACCAGCAUGUAGACACCUAA